UCUGCACUAGAGGUUUCUCUGCCCUGACGUGACGUCAUGAGUAGGGAGCUUCGGGAGGUCCUAAAAAGGCUCUAAUCUCGCGAGACAACAGCUUUGAGCGGACCCGAGGGCUCGGUGGGACCAUGAAGCCUCCUGCACGUAGGCGCACGGCUCCCCAUCGCUAUGACGACCAGAAUAUGCCAAAGACGAGCCAUCGCCUGCUGUGGACAAUCAGAGAGAAGAAGGAACUGCUAUGGGAACUGAAGGGUCAGAUCAGCGAGAAAACCCCCAAUGUGGAGGUGCAGGGGCGCAGCGAGGAGGAGGUAUCUUCCUACUGUUCGUGGCUCCGCGCUCGAGCGGCUCGAGAGGCCAUGCAGACGGAAUAUGGAAAGUUGGUUCGCCAGAAGAAAAUCAAAGAGAUUCAGGAUCCGGCGCCCAUUGAGCUGUGGACGGACUUGGCGAACAGAUUGGGCAGCUCCACUGAAGACGCCAUGAAUGCCGCUUUUUCACAUAUGCUGACAAUAGCGUCUGCAGAACCUCUAACCCUCCAUCACUCAAUACCCUCCAAGGAACCUGUGCCCAAAGUACCAGCCCAGAUGUCGUCCCCUCACGGGAAAAACCUUCAGCACAAAGGAUCUGCAGAGGAGGAGCUUAGCUCUUCAGGGGAGGAGCCAACUACAAGUAAUCUCAGUGAUGGCCGGAACAAUGUAGACUUUGAGAAUAUUUAUAAAUAUCUGUCAAAGGUCGUGAGGGGAGAGGAGCCUCCAACGCUGUCUGAUUUCGAGUCCGCAGUUAUCCUUCACCUCCUCCGCUGUAUCCCGGAACAGCUCCCCCACCUGGACACUCCGCACAUCGGCUUAUAUCUGUACGACACCUACACGUUCCUGACCACGCAGCUCAAAUCCGAGGACACGGAGGAAGAGGAGAUGCCGAGCCAACCUGAGGAGGCGAACUGGAAGGAACUGGGCUUCUGCCCCCUUAACCCCUUCAUGAUGCCCCUGGAACUCUUAAAGCAAAAAGAGGAGGAAGUAACGCCUCCCUGAUGUCUGUAUAAAGCUCUCUACUGCCCCCUAUCCAUUAUUAUAUUGCAUUGACCUUCAAGAUGGAAGCCGUCCAGUGCUGUUGUACUUAAAAGGAUUGCCCAGGAUUUGAAAAAUGCUUCUUUUAUUGUAAAAAAAAAAACAGCGCCACUCCUGUCCACAGGUUGUGUGUGGUACUACAGCUCAGUCCCACUUGCUUCAUUGGAGCCAGACUGCAAUACCAUAUACAACCUGUGGACAGGAGUGGUGCUGUUUUUUUUUUUUUUUGUAAGAAAGAAGCAGCGUCUUUCCAAUCCUGUAUAACCCCUUUAAAGGAGUACUCCGCCCCCUAGAUAUCUCAUAAGAUGUCUGAUAGUGAGGGUCGGACCCCCGUGAUCUCCGUGCUGCACCCGGCGUUCGUUUAGAGUGUAGGGUUCAGCGCCGGAGCCUCGUGACAUCAUGGCCCCGCCCCCUCAAUGCAAGUCUAUGGGAGGGGGCGUGAUGGCCGUUACACCCCCUCCCAUAGACUUGCAUUGAGGGGGCAUGGCUGUGAUAUCACGAGCGGGGCGUGACCGCCAUGAGCCUCCGCCCUGCAUCGCCAGUCAUCCGGCACCAGAUGUCUGGGGGGCCGCAGCAGAGAUUGUGGGGGUCCCCAGCGGCAGGACCACCGCGAUCAGUCAUCUUAUCCCCUAUCCUUUGGAUAGGGGAUAAGAUGUCUAGGGGCCGGAGUACCCCUUUAAGGGACAUGCUGGGACUGUUGGUUCCUUAGAAGAGUUCGUACAGUUUACUUUUCUGCAUUAUUUAUGAAAAAAGUCUGAUUGCGGAUCACACAAUAAAUGUAGUUUUAUUUUUUAUUUUUAUUAUUAUUAUUCUUAUUUCUCUACGGACAAUAUAGAAAUAUUUUCAA